GUGUGGGUUUGAUGGUGGUGAAUAGUGCAGGGGAGUGGAGAGACGCUGGGAGAGGACUCAAACACUCACGCACGCACGCGCACGCACGCACGCACACACUCGACGCAUGCUUGGAGGAAGAGGGCGCACCAAAAAACGCACGAAGGGCUUUCUUUUUUACUGAUAUUCCCCUCUCUCUCUCUCUAUCUCUCUCUCUCUCAACGGCAGGGGAAAGAAAAAGUUUGCAGAAAGAGAGGAAGAGGAGAGGACUCUCGCUCGGUUGGAGCACGCAAAGACAAGCACGCGCUCAUUGACUCUUGUCCUGGAAAUAAUUUUUGAAUUUCUUCCCCCCUCUUUUUUAUUUAGUUUUUUAGAUUCUUUUUGAAUGCUCCGCGCCUUGCUGUCCUGGGGGGAUUCCGUCUGGGGGGGCUUUCCUUUUCUGCACAAAUCCACACGCCAGCCUCUGUGUUGAUAAACAGUGAAAGACAAGGAAACGGAGAAACCGGACCAGAAGGGGGCCAAAAACGCACCAGGUAUGGCGGCGGUGUUGCCGAGAACCCUGGGUGAGCUGCAGCUCUACCGCAUCCUGCAGCGGGCCAACCUGCUCUACUACUACGAGGCCUUCAUCCAGCAGGGCGGCGACGACGUGCAGCAGCUGUGCGAGGCCGGCGAGGAGGAGUUCCUGGAGAUCAUGGCGCUCGUCGGCAUGGCCAGCAAGCCGCUGCACGUGCGGCGCCUGCAGAAGGCGCUGCGCGACUGGGUCACCAACCCGGCCGUGUUCAACCAGCCGCUCACCUCGCUGCCCGUCUGCAGCAUCCCCGUCUACAAGCUGCCCGAGGGCUCGCCCACGCUGCUCGGCGCCCAGGACCGAUCCAACACCGCCAGCGUCAAGAUGCCAAAAGCCAGCGCCGCCUGCUCCGACCCGGGGAAGCUGGACGUGGCGCGGGACAAAGUGUCGGCCGGGUCGCCCCUGCAGGGGGGCAGCGAGGCCCGAUUCUGGUCGGGCCACAGCAACGACAGCGAACACAGCCUGUCGCCGUCGGACCUCGGCUCCCCGUCCUCGCCGAGAGACGCGCUGGAGGCUCUGGACGCCGCGGCGGUCCAGUCGGUCCUGGAGUGCGUGGACAGGAUGGCGCCGGGGCUUCCCAAGACGGACUUAGCCGAGGUCAAAGAGCAGCUGAAGAACAACAAGAAGCUGGCAAAGAUGAUCGGACACAUCUUCGAAAUGAGCGACGACGAGCCGCGGCGGGAAGAGGAGAUCCGAAAAUACAGCGCCAUCUACGGACGCUUUGACUCCAAGAGGAGGGACGGAAAACACCUGACGCUGCACGAGCUGACGGUGAACGAGGCGGCGGCCCAGCUCUGCAUGAGGGACAUGGCUCUGCUGACGCGGCGGGACGAGCUGUUUGGACUCGCCCGGCAGAUCUCCAGAGAGGUCACUUACAAAUACACCUACCGCACCAGCAAGUCUCGCUGCGGAGACAGAGACGAGCCGUCCCCUAAAAGGAUUAAAACAGAGGAGAACUUCUUCGACAUCCAGGAGGCGCUGCAGGCCAUCCACAUGAGGCAGGAGAUGCUGAGGGAGCAGCUGGCCUGCGCCAAGUCCAAGGGGGAAGAAACCGUCGGGCGGAAUCUGCAGAUGCAGCUGGAGCGUCUUCUGGCCCGGCAGAUGGAGAUCCUGCAGGACGCCGCCGUCCAGGAGCGCCUCCAGGCUCUGGACUGGAGGAUCCCCCCCGCCGCCUUAAAGUACCUCAGCGAUGCCCAGAACACCAACGGAGCCGACGCCAGCAGAGACAGCCAAGAUGAACGGCCAAUCAACUUGCGUGUGGUCAGUCAGAACAUGCAGGAAGGCGACCUCCCAUUGGGCAAGCAGCUAGCCAAUGAACUGAAGCGCCAUCACAACCUCAACAACCACAACCACAACAACAACAACAACAACAGCAACAGCAACACAGAAGAGACCAAAACAUCAGCAACAGAAAACGGGACGUCGCAGCGAGCGUCCAGCAACCCAGAGAAGAAGACCAUCAAGUCAGAGCCGGAAGACUCCACAUAG